AUGACAAGGUCUUCGCAGCUGUCUUCGGAUGUGAAGGAGUGGUUGGCGUUAGCUCUCGAGGUCCCGCGGCCGGAUCAGUAUUUUCGCCAGCAGCCACGCCGAGCAGAGCGGCGGCGAAAGCAGAUUGCUGCAGCCAGGUACAGCUACGAGACCUGGCUUACGGUUACUUUGUCGCAACUGCAUGUGCCACACCAGGCCCAGGCAAUUGUGGGCUGCCACCGUGUCCCAAUUACUUUCCGGGCUCAGAGACACCUCAUCGAUGUGCUGGACCUACAGGACCUGACAGUGCCAGCGAAUCGGGUGACGGGUGCGGCAGAGCUGCGCCGGCGCCACCUGCUUCAGCUUGGCUGGGCCAUGCACUCCAUCCACCUAAGAGAUCUUCACGAAGCCGUGCAGAAAGGCAAGUUGAGGCUCACGGUUUCCAAGCUCAUCGCCUCCUUAGAUCCGGGAGCGGCCCGUGCGGCCUCCUUCUCCGAAUCCACUUUUACCAGCCGAGCACCCAAAGUACAGGUGCUGAACCGCGGCCGCUGGCAAAGCCGCACCACCGACCAGGUUCUCAGCGACUUCUCAGACAGCGAAAUCGAGGAUGAGGAUGACCGGGGCUCUGCCCGCUUGCGGAAUCCUCGCUCCGUUCUGCGAGAACGAGCCGUAAGGGCAGCGCAGCAGAUUGGUUGA